AUGUAUUUUAAAUGUGGGCAAACUAGAGAUGCUCGCAUGAUAUAUGACGAACUACCUACUAUUGAUCUUGUUUCAUGGACUGUAAUGAUUGUUGGAUAUACCCAAGCUAGGCAACCCAACGAUGGAUUGAGGCUCUUUGCUGAUGAAAUAAGAUAUGCUCAUAAAGAAUCUGCUUAUGAUGCCCUCCGCCUCUUUAAUCAAAUGAGAUUAUACUUCCUUGCACCUGAUGUAAUAACGCUGGUGAGCACCCUUUCAGCAUGUGCCACCCUUGGUGCUAUCCCUUUCUCUACUUUCAUUAACAUGUUGAAGGAGGAUUUGAAACUGAAUGAAGUAAUUUUUACGACAGUAUUAUCUGCUUGUAGCUAUUCGGGAAUGGUUGAAGAGGGAGGGAGGUAUUUCAAAUCCAUGAUUCAGGAUUAUAACUUUGUUCCUUCCAUGAAACAUUAUGCAUGUAUGGUUGAUCUCUUAGCUCGAUCAGGUAAACUGGAUGAAGCAUUAGACUUCAUUAAGAAAAUGCCAGUUCAACGAGACGUUAGUUUGUAUGGAGCUUUCCUUCACGGAUGUGGAUUAUACUCGAGGUUCGAUCUCGGAGAAGUCGUACUCAGAGAAAUGCUACAACUACAUCGAAAUGAAGCUUGCUAUUAUGGGCUCUUAUAUAAUCUUUAUGCUUCAAAUGGAAAAUGGGGUGAAGUUAAUAAGUUUUGGUACUUCAAUGGUACAGCUCUGCUGAUUGAAAAUGGGAAGUUUCUUCUUUCACCAAAGCCUACAAGAAGAACUACUAGCACGGAGUAUAUUAUCUCAAUGGGUGCCGAAAACAUUUUGAGAUCAAGUAGCUCUUACAUUGGAAAACUGAGGUGGGUGAUUGAAGUCAACGGUGCCCUGGGAACUCUCUGUGCUAAUGAAACCUAUCAGCUUCAGGUCGACUUUCCUGAGCAUUACCCAAUGGAAACCCCACAGGUUAUAUAUUUCUGCAUCCAGCUCCUCUGCAUCAUCAUAUCUAUAGCAAUGGUCACAUUUGUCUAG